CGUCCCCAAAGACUCCUCCCCAACCCACCCGCACCCCUUUCUCACUCAUCAAGACGGAACAUCAUUUGCUCUCCUCCAAUUUGAUUUGACGAACGUCUUGGGUCACGAUACGUCUCGCCGCCCGCUUAUAAAAGCGGCAGGAAAUUCGCCCAACAGGCAACCAAGCGCAACACGACUUGCAGGAGAACAGUCCCUCACUCCUACCCCAGAAAAAGAGCUUCGCGUGACGGCACAAGUGCUUUCCAGACAUGGAUAGGUCCAUUCGGUUUGCUGUGGUGUGCGUUGGAGUGUCCUUGCUCAUCUCCUGUCACUCCGUCCAGGCAUGGUACAAGCAGUCCACCGGUCCCACUUACUACUCUGUGGGUCGCGCCUCCGGUUUGCUCUCUGGAAUCAGGAGGUCGCCUUAUGUGCGUAGAUCUGAGUCCCAAGAAACGAUGGAAAGUGGAGAGACGACCGGUGCCAACGUUGUUCCGGAGACGGGCAGGCAGGUCUCCUUGCUCAAAAGUAUGGCUAUUUGCGUGAAGGACAUCUCCCCAAACCUGAAGAGCUGCGAGUUGCUGCGGGAUGGAACCGGCACUUUCCAGUGCAAGGCAGAUGUCUUCCUCACCCUGGACUCGCUGGACUGCCUGUCCGCAUGAGUCCACCUUCCGCUCAACUUGUACAGAAAAGGGAGGUCAUUGUCGCCCAGUAUUGACACUUGAAUAUCUUUUUUUCCCCUUUUAUGUCAAGGUGCAGUUCUGUUUCAUUUGUUUUUAUUUUUGGUUGUGUAUAAAUCGUUUCAGAGUUCACAUUGAGUGUUCUGUUCCGUGACGUGCACCCGCACUGCUGUAUGUGAGAAAGUGGAUUUCUGUAUAUUACUUUUUAUUGUAUCGAUAAAAAUGAACAAAUAUUUGGAA